CAUUACCAGUAUAGUCUGUUACCAGUAUUAUAUACGGUGCGCAGGGACAUACAUGUAGGCCUACUAUUUUGCAUGUAUUGAUAUGAUGUAGACUUAUUUAAUAGUAUCAUCUACUAAUGUGCAAACAAUAUACAUUGGACCCUUACUCAGACUUAGGAUGGAUGCAGAGAAGGAAGGCAAACGUCGAUCAUUUGAGUGCUCAUCAUGCCAGUUUUCAAGCCCCUACGAUUAUUUCGGAAAGAGGCCCGGAUUUCUGAAAUCCAUUGUGUUGCUUGAAGAGGCGUAUGUAAUGAAAGAUCCAUUUACACCAGAAAACAGGCAUCUGACUCUCGGUGGGCACUGUUCUGAAUGUAACAAACCUGUUUGUGUUGGUAAAGAUUGCAGUAUAUUCUACACCAGGCGAUUCUGCAUUGACUGUGUCAUGGAAAACUUGGAGGAAUUUCCCAAAGAAGUACAGCAGGAAUUAAACAAGAAAGACAAAGGCUGACGUGAUUUAUCCUGAUCUAGGAGAUACAACCUGAAGUGCAUACAGUGCAAACGAUGGUACCAUGUUACACAUGUGGCAUUCAUGAAUAUCCUUCAUACAUGCAUGGUAUGAGGACAGGGAGGCCUGAUCCAGGAGAAUAGGAAAUAAGAUAUGAAGAGUGCUGGUAUCAGCAAACCACAAAGAAAGCCGGUAUCAUAGAAAUAGAUGGAUCAUCUACAUUUAAGAGCAUUUAGGAGCACCAUGGUUUUAGUAGUGAUCACUGAACUUUCAAAAGGCUGAGGGUUCAAAUCACAACCUGGUGUAUGUGCAUUUAGAAGAGGCAUUUUAUGUAUAGUUGUGUAUCUUCACCCAGGUGUCUAACUGAUAUCUGGCAGGGUUUGCAUUUCCACAUUGAAUUGAAUUGAAUUGAAUUAUGAUAAACAUUGCAUAACGACAUACUUAAUGAUUGAAAUCAAUUAUCAUCACAGGUAUAUAUAUAUAUAUAUAU